ACGCGGCGCUUUUUCGGCGCCUGCGCGCGGGGACGGCGCCAGACUCAGCGUCUCCAGCUUCCGGCGCGCGGUUCUUGUAGAGGGAGCCAUGGCGGCGCCCACCGCGGUCUUGGGUCCCUCGGCCCUCGGCCAGAGCGGCCCCGGCUUGAUGGCGCCCUGGUGCUCUGUAAGCAGUGGCCCGUCUCGUUACGUGCUCGGGAUGCAGGAGUUGUUCCGAGGCCACAGCAAGACGCGUGAGUUCCCGGCGCACAGUGCCAAGGUACACUCGGUGGCCUGGAGCUGCGAUGGCCGUCGCUUGGCCUCAGGGUCCUUCGACAAGACUGCCAGCGUGUUCUUGCUGGAGAAGGACCGGCUGGUCAAAGAAAACAACUACCGGGGCCAUGGGGAUAGCGUGGACCAGCUUUGCUGGCACCCGAGCAACCCUGACCUCUUUGUCACCGCAUCUGGAGAUAAAACCAUUCGCAUCUGGGAUGUGAGGACGACAAAAUGCAUUGCCACUGUGAACACAAAAGGGGAGAACAUUAACAUCUGCUGGAGUCCUGAUGGGCAGACCAUCGCAGUGGGCAACAAGGACGACGUCGUGACCUUCAUCGAUGCCAAGACACACCGAUCCAAAGCGGAGGAACAGUUCAAGUUUGAAGUCAAUGAGAUCUCGUGGAACAAUGACAACAACAUGUUCUUCCUGACCAACGGCAAUGGCUGCAUCAACAUCCUCAGCUACCCAGAACUGAAGCCUGUGCAGUCCAUCAAUGCCCAUCCUUCUAAUUGCAUCUGUAUCAAGUUUGACCCCAUGGGGAAAUACUUUGCCACAGGAAGUGCAGAUGCCUUGGUCAGCCUCUGGGACGUUGAUGAAUUAGUGUGCGUGCGGUGCUUUUCCAGACUAGACUGGCCUGUGAGGACCCUCAGUUUUAGCCACGAUGGGAAGAUGCUGGCAUCAGCCUCGGAGGAUCAUUUCAUUGACAUAGCUGAAGUGGAGACAGGAGACAAGCUUUGGGAGGUGCAGUGUGAGUCCCCGACUUUCACCGUGGCUUGGCACCCCAAGCGGCCUCUGCUGGCUUUUGCCUGUGAUGACAAAGAUGGCAAAUACGACAGCAGUCGGGAAGCUGGAACUGUGAAGCUGUUUGGGCUUCCCAAUGACUCCUGAGAGGGCCAACAGCGAGAGCAGAGAGGAGGCUGGGUGGACUGUUUGGACUUCCUAAUGACUAUACCUUACAGGGAGAGGAGGCCUUGGCUUCCUAAUCACUCCUGAGAGGACCUGACGGGGAGAGGAGGUGGGCACAGACUUUUGGACUUUGUGGGCACCCUAAAUGUUUAUAAAUGUCAUAAACUACAAAAACAAUC